AUGGAUUCUGGGGGCAUCAACAAUCUCAACACGUUGAUGAAAAGACUUGAAGCUGUUACAUCACGUAUUGAAGAUGCUGCGACGUUUUGGGAACAAAAUUCGAAAGCUGCGAAUCAGCUUAAAGUUGAAGCUUUCAGAGAGCUCGGCGAUGGAAAAGUUGACUUAAACCCAAGACAGCCACCAGCUCUGCCAUUGCCUGCUGCGAUCGAGUCCUUUGAUCGAAUCAUCAAGGAAGAAGUUGGAGAUCUUAUCAAAUGCGGUGCCCAAAUAGGCGGGCCGGUGGAGCAACAAGCCAAGGCGUUCAAGAGGGCAUUUGAGGCCGAACGAACAUUCCUUCUGGUGGCAUCAAAAGCUAAACAGCCAAACCCAAUGCCCCCGGAGAUGACUGCCGAGCUUGAACAUUGUAUUGCUGUUGUGAUUGAGACCCAGGGGGCAAAUCGCGCCUCUCCGCUAUUUUUUCACCUAAGCGCAGUGUCUGAAGGUGUUCUGGCGCUCAGUUGGAUCGUCCAGAAAAGACCGAUUGAUUUUGUCAAGGACGUCUUUGCCGCGGCCCAGUACUUCGGCAACAAAGUCCUCAACGAGUAUAAGCACAAGGACACUACUCACGUAGAGUUUAUUCAUGCAUACUACAACAUCUUUCGCUCUCUAACCAUUUAUGUUAGGGAAUACUUUGCGUUCGGUCUUACAUGGAAUGGGAAGGAUGCGAUAGAUGCCCGCGAAGCGUUGAAACUGUUGUCGUAA